UCAAACAUUCUUACAAUAUUUACAACGGUAUCACCAGUGAGGAAAGCUCUCGUGAAAAUGAAGCAAUAUCUUGUGGUACUUGUUUGUCUCGGUGUCCUUACCUGGGUUGUGUUAGGAGCUCCGAAUUCAAGAAGAAAGAGCUGCUGUCUGAAAUACUCAAAUAUAGUACCUCGUUUCAAGAAAAUCCAGGGAUACGAAAUUCAGGAAAAAGAUGGUCGUUGCAGAAUUAAUGCUGUGGUGUUUUUUGUCAAAAGCAUUAGGAUUUGUUCGGACCCAGCUGAUGAGAAAGUGAAAAAACUUGUGGAAAUACUUUCCCGAAGGGAGAAGAGAAGUAGGGAAUGAUGGUGAUUCUCUGUGACUGCCUUCAGAGCAGAAAGAGUAUCAAAAAACAAUUUUCAUUUUUAACUUCCAUCUAAUCCACAUUUUACAAGUUUCCGAGGAAUCUGGAAAUUCAUACAUCAAAGCAAGAUUCAAAUAUUCAAACAAUAUUAGUCAAAUUUGAUCUGCUCUUCAUUGGGUGCUAUACCUGUAUAUUAUUGGUUGACUUAUUUGGUUUUAUUAUGAUUACAAAUAUAGCAGUUGAUCAAAUGGUACCUCACUUCUUAAGAGUCAGAUAUUUCAUUCCAGAAUCCCUCUUCCCUCCCUUACAAUAUUCUCAUCAGGGACAAUGACUUCUAGCUUCAGGUAGAAUUUAGGACCUGGGCAUAUAGCAAUGCCACCUGUGUGAACCUCCACCCUCAGUGUUUUCAGACCUUUGCCAUGGUAGAUUUUGCAGAGAAAUCAUUACAUUUUGUUUAUGUAAAUAUAUAAAUUUCCUGCCUUUAUAAGACAGUGCAAAUGUUUAUGAUAGCCCCUUACAUUACUGAUUGAUGCAGUAUUCCCACCCACCUUUGCCACAUGGUUUACAAACUGCCAU